AGACUUCAGGUCCCCAGGAUAAAAGUUAGUCUGCAGUCAAAACUUUGCUCAAAUAUUAAGAAAAGAUUCUUCAUUGUUCAUGGAGUUUUUCAUCAGUAUGUCUGAAACCAUUAAAUAUAAUGACGAUGAUCACAAAACAGUAUUUCUGAAAACAUUAAAUGAACAACGGUUGGAAGGAGAAUUUUGCGACAUAGCUAUUGUAGUAGAAGACGUGAAAUUUAGGGCCCACAGGUGUGUACUUGCUGCUUGUAGUACCUACUUUAAAAAACUUUUCAAAAAACUAGAAGUUGACAGCUCAUCUGUAAUAGAAAUAGAUUUCCUUCGGUCAGAUAUAUUUGAAGAAGUGCUAAAUUACAUGUAUACAGCCAAAAUUUCAGUUAAAAAAGAAGACGUAAAUUUAAUGAUGUCAUCUGGUCAGAUUCUUGGUAUUAGAUUUUUGGAUAAACUCUGUUCUCAAAAACGUGAUGUAUCUAGUCCAGAAGAUACUUCACAGUCAAAAAAUAAGUAUUGUCUUAAAAUAAAUCGAUCAAUUGGUGAAUCCAAUGAUAACCAAGAUGAUGAGGUUGAGGAAAUUGGAGAUCAUGAUGACAGCCCAUCUGAUAUGACAAUGGAAGGGACUCCUCCUAGUCAAGAAGAUGGCAAAUCGCCAACAGCUACUCUAAGAGUCCAAGAAGCGAUUCUGAAAGAGUUGGGCAGCGAAGAGGUUCGAAAGGUAAACUGCUAUGGUCAGGAAGUUGAGCCCAUAGAGACUGCAGAAUCUAAAGACUUAGGGUCACAGACUCCUCAGGCCCUGACAUUUAAUGAUGGCAUCAGUGAAGUAAAGGACGAACAGACACCAGCAUGGACAACAGCAGCUGGUGACAUGAAGUUUGAAUAUUUGCUUUACGGUCACAGGGAACAGAUUGCAUGUCAAGCAUGUGGUAAAACAUUUUCUGAUGAGGCGCGAUUGAGAAAACAUGAAAAGCUUCAUACUGCUGAUAGACCCUUCGUUUGUGAAAUGUGCACUAAAGGCUUCACCACUCAAGCCCACUUGAAAGAACACCUAAAGAUCCACACAGGUUACAAGCCAUAUAGCUGUGAAGUAUGUGGAAAAUCUUUUAUUCGUGCUCCAGAUCUAAAGAAACAUGAGAGAGUUCACAGUAACGAAAGGCCAUUUGCAUGCCACAUGUGUGACAAAGCUUUCAAACAUAAGUCCCACCUGAAAGAUCAUGAAAGAAGACACAGGGGGGAAAAGCCUUUUGUUUGCAGCUCUUGUACUAAAGCAUUUGCUAAAGCAUCUGAUUUAAAGAGACAUGAGAACAAUAUGCACAGUGAAAGGAAACAAGUAUCCACAACUAGUGCUCUCCAAAGUGAAACAGAACAGUUACAAGCAGCAGCCAUGGCAGCUGAGGCAGAACAGCAACUUGAAACUAUAGCUUGUAGUUAAAGACAAAGACAGCCAUGUUUUGGAACAAUUUGGUCUGACUGUCUUCUGAGACAAAUAUUUUUCAAGGGAUUUCGGUUUACAGUUUGCAGCAAAGCCCAGUCCAUCACUGACAUUAAACAUGGGACAAGGCUUUGAUUUAGGCAACAGCCCAGUUGGAUAUAAAUGAAGAAGCAAGAGUUGAAUUCUUAACUGAUAUUUUACUCUAUUAAGACUCGGGGUUUCUGUGCAUGCCUAGUCCCUUUGGAGGAAACUAUGCAUGUGAAAUUGAAAGCCUUACACACCAGUGCACAGUAGAAUCAAGCUGAAGUAUUUAAAUUUAAACUUUUGUUUCAGUGAUUCCAGUUGCUUGGCAUUUCAGUCCCAAAUAUGUUUGCUGUGAUCUAGGGAAUCUCGCAGUAAAUCAGCAGUGGCAAGAAAUGAUAGGACAAGCUGCUGAGUCAGAAAUGGACACUCAUUGGGGAUUCAUUCGAUUGCAGCUGUUAUUUGAACAUAAGCCUCAUGGAUUUUCAAUAGAAAUUAGUUCUGUGUAAGUAUGACAGGAUCAGCUUAAUGCCAAGUCCUUUGGUUUCAUUAGCCUACAGAUUGCACUGUCAGCGAAUAUUGAACAGCCUAAAUAAAUUAUGUCUGCUACAACAGAUUUUUUAAAUCUUGAAAUUAUGAGUCGGAACAAAUGCAAGAAUUUAUGGAGAAAAACUGCCAGCGUUCUGAGAAGAACUCAUGAUGAUGUAACAUGACUUUGGUAUUUCUUGUAAUACCACUUUGAAGUUUUCUAAUUUCAGCUUAAUAUACUGCAAGUUGUGCAGCUCAUUGGGUAGCUGAACAACAGGGACUACUUUGCUGCAUUUCUUAAAUUUGAAUUAAUGUAUCUCAAGGUUUCUUUGUUUUCCAUCAUCACCAGAGUUUAAGGCUGUAAUCCUAUGCACACAACAAUAGAAUAAGCUUCCUUGUAUGUAGUGGAGCUUGCUUGUGAGCAAACAUGCACAGGAGCUGUCUGUGAGACACAAUCCACUCAAUUUUUUCUGUGUUUAAAAAGGUGAGGCAGAAGUUUUUAGCAUGAUCUCUUAAAAGGGUUGCGUAAUUGCACCAAAAAGAAAUGUCUCUGGGGUCAACCUAUUUUCACCUUCUAAAUCAGUGCCAUGCAGCAAUGUGUGUCUUUUGCUUGCCAUCACCUGGAGCUCUCUACAGCAUGAAGUAGUAUGACCCAGACAUAGCCUUAACACUGCACUAAGAAGUAAGCAUAAUUUACAGAUGUCAUUGUGAAACUUGGUACAACUGGAGGACAAUAGAGUAUAGUUUGGAAAGGACACAGUGGCGGAGAUUUAAAAAGGGACAGAUUAUUAUCUGCUUUGAAUAAAAUAUUUUAAAUUUACACAGUUGAAUGCCAUUGUACUUUCCAAUAGGGACAGUGUUCCUUGCUCAAAAGAAAGGUGUUCUACAAGUCUUACAGUCCAGCAGUAUGUGUGUUUACUCAUAAGACUCAUAAAAUUCAGUGGGGAUUCCUUCCUAAUUUGUGUGUGUAGGACUGCAGCCUCAGGCAAAGAGUCAAUUAACUGUGAUUUUUUUUGUGUGUUUGAGAUUUACUCCUGAGUUCUAAACUUGUUUGCUAGAAAUAAAGCCUGCUGUGUUCAGCUGGGCUGAAUUCCUAGGUAGUGUGCUUCAGCUUGUAACUUAAUGCCAGGGCUUAGAACGCACAGUUAUCUUGAUUUACUUGAUACAGUAUCACCAGCUUUUUGGAACAGUUUCUGUGUCCAUCUCAAGGGAUCUUUUGGGAAGGAACAUGUCCAUUAGGAAAUAUAUUCAUGAAACUUGAAAGAAAAUGUCCAUUUUUCCAUAGAAUAGUAAGAUUGUGGGGUGAUUUCACUGGUUGUUUAACUUACCUGUCAUGAAGUAAUUAAUUGGUCUAAUUUAAAAUACACAAUUACUGUUCAAGUAUGUGUUAAGGUGUCUAGUUCAUGAUCAGUUUUAGAAGGGUAUUUUCAUUCAUUAAAAGGGAAACUUUCACUCAAAUCCAGUAUCCUGUUUGUUCCGUACUGCACACAGUACAGUGUGUUCUACAUGCAGUUCCUUUUUUCCACCAAUUGCACAAGUGCAAAUUCACUAAUCCCUUGUGGAAGCAGAAAGCUGUGUUGGUGUGAAUAGGGGAAUCAUCAGCUUGCACAAGUGCAAUCCAGAGAUCAAGUGAGGCUUGUACAAUUACUCCUGUAGAGCAUUUAUGCUUCAUAUUUGGUGAAAGGACAUUGCCCAAGUAUUUAAAGAGAUUUCCACACAUUUAUAAGCUUAAUUGUUUUAUGUAUUUUUAUUAUCAAGACUACAUGUUAAAUAACAUUGGACAAAAAUGUGUUCUUUUAGCAUUGGGUUAGAAUGAGUAUUUAUAUGUUGCUGCUGUGUGUCAAAUCACCUCACAUUUUAAAAUAUUAAUUAAGACUAACAUUUUAAAGUGCUAGAAUAAAAUUACAUCAAGGUAUUGAUCUUUGUUACAGUGUCAUUGUGAAUAAUUCAUUGAAUAGGCCAGUUUAAGUUAUAUUUAAAAU